GGAGAAAAAGGGCCCGACGAAUUGAUGAAGCUCACAAGACGACGACUCAGUAACAAGUGUCAGUCUCGAAAAAAUACACCGAGAAUGGCGUCUGAAAGCAGGAAAUUUAACUGGUGUGCUGUGUUAGUUACUCUCACCCUCAUCGGCAUUUGCACAGCUGAUGACUAUUUUCUGUACGAGUCAGACGAAUUUCCCAGCAGUUGGCAGCAAGAGCCUGUGAUUAAGCUACUGAGCAAGCGACAAGUGGAUCAAAAGGAAAGCAAAGAUGCAAAGAAACCUGUGGCCAUGAAGCCCCAACCAAAUUCAAAUCCAGAAAAUUCUUCAAAUCAGAAACUAAAUAGCCCAGUUCUUGAGUUACCACAGGGAAACACUUCAGACAUUCAGAACAAUAAUGACACUAUGACUAUUCCUAUUACAACUGCUACACCAUCUACCAUUACACCAACUCCAACUGAAGUGCUACCAACUGUGGAUUAUGAUGGUCUAAACAUCACUGUUAAAAAUGUCACUCAAGACUACCAUCGAUAUUACAACAGCUCCACUUAUCCUGAGAAAGGAAUGCAAUUUUGGAUUGAUUUUGACAAGGAAAAUGCAUCUACUCACGAUAUGUUGUCUCAAUCACAUCGUCGUGCCGCUACGGUUCCGCUCUCCUUCGAUUUUCCCUUCUAUGGGCACUGGGUGCGUAACAUUACCAUCGCUACUGGGGGCUUUCUAUAUACUGGAGACUACGUUCAUUCUUGGUUGGCUGCUACACAAUACAUUGCCCCGUUGAUGGCAAAUUUCGACACAAGCAUGAGUAACUACUCCACUAUUAAGUACAUGGAUAAUGGAACGGCGUUUUCAGUUCAGUGGGACAAAGUUGCUCUUCAGGAUAAACCCGAUGGAGGCAACUUUUCAUUCCAGGCAACUUUAUUAAAAUCUGGUGAUAUUAUCUUUGCGUAUAAAGACAUUCCUAUUCCAGUUAAUUCAAUUGGCGAUGAUGCCCAUCCUGUCAAAGUGGGCGUUUCUGAUGCUUAUAUCAUCGACCGAACCAUCUUUUUUGUCCGCAGGAAGACGAUUUACGAGUACCAUAAGGUAGACAAGAAAACAGAAGAGGUCACAUCUGAUUCGGCCAUUUAUUUCACCGCUCUGCCUACAUGUGUUGCAUUCAAUUCCUGCGAUUCUUGUAUUUCAAACACUAUUGGUUUUGAUUGUGUAUGGUGCUCCACGGCUGAGCGUUGUUCUGACGGCAUGGACCGCCACCGGCAAGAUUGGCUGGUCAAGGGCUGUGACAAAGUCUUCGUUGAUAACAUUGGUAACUGCAGCUUGCCACCUUUAGUUCCUUCAAGUACUCCGCCAAUGGAAACAACCAUUCCCACUCCUGCACCUACAAAAUUCCCACCUACGGCUACGACAGUCACGCCAACAACUAAGCCAUGGGACGAUUUUGAUCCUUCAGCCAGUCGCGUGACAAAUGUAACCACUUCGACUACUACUGCAUUACCCAUUCCAAUUUCUGAGGCCAGGGCUAAUACUGAGGAUGCUUCCGAAGAUGCCAAUGCUUCCAACGUUUCCUCAGUCGUUGGCAUCUUGUUCUUGGUGGCCAUAGUCGUUGGCCUCGGAGGAUGGCUGUUUUACGCCUACAGGAAUCCACACACACCGUCGGGUCAAUGCUUUAUUCGGUACCGCCCUGCGCAGUGGCGAUGGAGAUCUGGAGAAGCUCAUUACACCGCUGCCGCUAUUCACAUGUAAAUGGAAACACAACAAGUCCUGCCUUGAAUGCACGGGUUGCCUUAAUUGAUUACGCGCACGCACUCACCUAAAAUAAACACCCACUAAUUUCGUCUGGGACGCCUUAUGUUAAAACGAACGAACCAUUGCGAUCGCCGUUGGUUAUAAGUAGAACCCAAAAAAUUAAUCAUCACUUCCCCCAACCCUCCACUCGUCGGAAUGUUCUUGCAUUGUGUUGUGCAAUAGACCUCUUUAGUUUUCUUUUUAUAAACACCGACUAGCUGAAAAUCAUUUUUCAUGAUUUGAUGUCACCCACUGGGAGGGGAAAACAAUGUUAUGCACACUUUAUAUAUUUAGCAAAAAAAAAAUAAUCUGUCUUCCGGUGGAUCGGUUUAUUGCUUGAUGAAUAUGAUGAUCCAUCACCGACAAGGAGAGAGAGGCGUGCUCAUUUCAUUCAGUUGAUUGAUUUAUUUCGUCCCUCACAUUCCCCUGUCUUAUUCACGAUACCUUCAAUUUUAGGCAACAAGUUUAUCAUUUUUCUCUUUUUUUAAUUAAAAAUUGCCGGUAUGUGAUAGUUGGGUAGUGUAUAUAGUAGCCUGUUAUUGUAACACCAUCAGCAUCGAGUUUCUAAAUCUGGAUAUUCUUUUUUUUUUUCCAAUUGCGAUUCAUUUUUAUUAUUUCUCCCAUCAGUGGUGAUCUGAGUUUUCAUUCUUCUUUUCCCCUCUACUUACUAUGGCCUGUAUUUUAUCAUGUUGCUCUCUAUUCUUGUUUCUAUCCGGCAUUUUGAUCUAAACGAAAUAAUAAUGUGAGCCUGUCUUAUGGGAAUAGAAGCAGCAGAUUUUUUUCCGAUUACGAGGCAUUCUAUCAAGUGGCAAUUUUCUUCGUGUCUAUCAAAAUUGGAAUACACAUGGAAUUCUUAUA